UGCCUCCUCCCGCGGCCGCUGAUUGGCUGGUCGCACUGCCAGUCCCUCACAGCUAUGGCCGCCGCUCCGCAUGUUCCUGUGCCGGUGGGAUGUAUCGGUGCCGGGCGUAUGGCUCAGGGGGUCCUGGAGGGGAUUCUGCGCGAAGGGAAAAUUGCGGCUCAGAAUGUUACGGUGAGUGCCCCAACGGACCGCAAUCUGGAGAAAUUCAAGCUUCGCGGCUGCCGCACGUCGCACAAUAACCGCUCGGUGGUGUCUCGCUGCCGAGUGGUGUUUUUGGCUACUAAGCCCCAUAUCAUUCCCUCGGUCCUGGAAGAGAUUUCCCCAGAAGUGACUGCUGAGCAUGUGAUCGUUUCCAUGGCGGCCGGGGUCACGCUGCAGACCCUGGAGACGAAUUUGCCUCCUGGGACCAAGGUUAUCCGCAUGAUGCCCAACCUGCCCUGUGUGGUUCAGGAAGGGGCAGUUGUAUUUUCCCGGGGUCGCUGUGCCGGCGAGGGGGAAGCCAAUCUGUUUCAGAGCCUGGUCCGUACGUGCGGGCUGUGCGUGGAGGUUCCAGAAUCCUAUAUUGACAUUCACACGGGGGUGAGCGGCAGCGGGGUGGCUUACGUUUACACAUUCGCCGAGGCUUUGGCCGACGGGGCGGUUAAGAUGGGGAUGCCGGGCGCCCUCGCCCGACAGAUCGCCGCUCAGACUCUGCUGGGGGCGGCCAAGAUGCUUCUGCAGAGUGAGGAGCACCCAGCGACCCUGCGGUCGGACGUUUGCACCCCGGGAGGAACGACCAUUCAUGGGCUCCACGAGCUGGAGAAAGGGGGCUUAAGGGCCACGGUCAUGAACGCUGUGGAAGCGGCGACAACAAGGGCAAUGGAUAUGGGCAGAAAGUAGAACUUCUGGUACCGGUCCGGCCCAUUCACAGAAGGGGGGGAGCUGCAGGCAGAUGAUUCUAUGUUAAUAGGGGGGUCCAGGUUUGACCGAAGCAAACUCCGCCUACCAAUGGCAUCGUUUGGCCCCAGGCACAGUGCCCAGACCUUGCCCUGCAGCAUAUGAUGCUUUUAUUCCCUUAUUAAAGGGCAAGUAACACCAUGUUCUGAAACAUUUCAGCCUCAGCAGCGGUGCCAGACCCUCCUCCGGCCCCCGACAAUGAUAUCAAAUCGGCAUUGUGGGUGGCGACCACUUGUUACCCCCGGACUCUCGUCCUAUCAAAGCCCCCAACGCUGCGGGGCAAAUGUGCGGCUGUGACGGGAGACAGGAUCCUCUUCAGACACAUAAAAUAAAUACAUAGAAAAUUCCAAAUUCUGCUGAAAAAAUGUUAGGCUCAUUUUUGUGUGCAAACCCCCGGCCUGGGGUAAAUAGGAGAUCAGAGGGAGAAGUGAUAGUGGCACAGUAUUGGUCAAUAUAGGCCACUCCUUUUGCAUCUCCCAGCAGCCUCCCCCACCCCAGGCACAGUAUUGGUCCAUAUAGGCCACUCCUUUUGCAACUCCCAGCAGCCUCUCCCACCCCAGGCACAUUAUUGGUGCAUUUAGGCCAGUCCUUUUGCAACUCCCAGCAGCCUCCCCCACCCCAGGCACAUUAUUGGUGCAUUUAGGCCACUCCUCUUGCAACUCCCAGCAGCCUCCCCACCCCAGGCACAGUAUUGGUCCAUAUAGGCCACUCCUUUUGCAACUCCCAGCAGCCUCCCCCACCACAGGCACAGUAUUGGUCCAUUUAGGCCACUCCUUUUGCAACUCCCAGCAGCCCCCCCCACCCCAGGCACUGUAUUGGUCCAUUUAGGCCACUCCUUUUGCAACUCCCAGCAGCCUCCCCCACCCCAGGCACAUUAUUGGUGCAUUUAGGCCACUCCUCUUGCAACUCCCAGCAGCCUCCCCACCCCAGGCACAGUAUUGGUCCAUAUAGGCCACUCCUUUUGCAACUCCCAGCAGCCUCCCCCACCACAGGCACAGUAUUGGUCCAUUUAGGCCACUCCUUUUGCAACUCCCAGCAGCCUCCCCCACCCCAAUCACAGUAUUGGUCCAUAUAGGCCACUCCUCUUGCAACUCCCAGAAGCCUUCCCCACCCCAGGCACAGUAUUGGUCCAUAUAGGCCACUCCUUUUGCAACUCCCAGCAGCCUCCCCCACCCCAGGCACAGUAUUGGUCCAUUUAGGCCACUCAUUUUGCAACUCCCAGCAGCCUCCCCCACCCCAGGCACUGUAUUGGUCCAUUUAGGCCACUCCUUUUGCAACUCCCAGCAGCCUCCCCCACCCCAGGCACUGUAUUGGUCCAUUUAGGCCACUCCUUUUGCAACUCCCAGCAGCCUCCCCCACCCCAGGCACAGUAUUGGUCCAUUUAGGCCACUCCUUUUGCAACUCCCAGCAGCCUCCCCCACCCCAGGCACAGUAUUGGUCCAUAUAGGCCACUCCUUUUGCAACUCCCAGCAGCCUCCCCCACCCCAGGCACAGUAUUGGUCCAUAUAGGCCACUCCUUUUGCAACUCCCAGCAGCCUCCCUACCCCAGGCACAGUAUUGGUCCAUAUAGGCCACUACUUUUGCAACUCCCAGCAGCCUUCCCCACCCCAGGCACAGUAUUGGUCCAUAUAGGCCACUCCUUUUGCAACUCCCAGCAGCCUCCCCCACCCCAGGCACAGUAUUGGUCCAUAUAGGCCACUCCUUUUGCAACUCCCAGCAGCCUCCCUGCCCCAGGCACAGUAUUGGUCCAUAUAGGCCACUCCUUUUGCAACUCCCAGCAGCCUCCCCCACCCCCAGUGCACUUAGGAUGAAGAAGAUUCUGCUGGGUCCCAGGCAACCAUUGCAGAAUAAUAUCUUAUUGGUCCCCAGACUGACAGGAAGCCAUGAUUACAGGCGGCCUAUCGAGUGCUGAUUGCGGGUGAAUAUUUUUACCACAUCAUAGUGUCUAUCAAUAUACAGUCCUAGUAACUGACCCAGGCAGUAUCAGAUAUAACACUGAUGCACUUACCCCACUGCCCCUGUGAGCCCCCCAUUACCCGGAGUGGAGAGUGGUGGUUGAGCCCAGAGACACACCUUGCUGGGAGGCCACAAUGGUACGACCCAACCUACACGUCUGUUUCAAUUACCCAAAAUGCUGUAAAUAAAGAAUUUUUUGGACAAGUUCGUUCAUUUAAA